UGAACCUCCGGUACAGUCGUGCGGGCAAAUGGUCGCGGCCCCUCACCGCGCACGUUGCCCGACUCACGGGCGAGCCAUGGCAGGACGCGAGGAAGAGGCGACGGCUGUGACGGGGGGCUCCGCGUGGUACGCGCACCCCGUGUACGCGCGCUACUGGAGCCACUACCGCGGCGCGCAGGCCUGGACGAAGAGGCACCGGAACGCGCGGCGGAGAGCGCUGACGGAGGCCGCGCAAGGCCUGGACUGGAGCUGCCUAGUCGGGCUCCCAUUUCCGUACGAUCCGUCGCAUCCCUACGCUGCAUCUCACCACGGCCCCCAAUCACACCCUCCGCAAGCUGCCGGCCAUCAGAGACGUCAUCAUCAGCAGCAGCAUCAUUAUCAUCAUCAGCAUCAUCAUCAGCAUCAUCAUCAUCAGAAGCACGAGGAAGUGCCAGAACAUCAUCACUUCUCGACACAGGCUACCGAGCAUCAGAGAGAGCAUCAGCAGCAUCAUCACCACAAUCAGCAGCAGCAGCAUCCUUAUCAUCAGCAGCAUCAUCAUCAGAAGCACGAGGAAGUGCCAGAACAUCAUCACUUCUCGACACAGGCUACCGAGCAUCAGAGAGAGCAUCAGCAGCAUUAUCACCACAAUCAGCAGCAGCAGCGGCAGCAUUGGCAGCAGCAACUGAUUGAGGAAGUGCCGGAUCUGAGGAGCGAAGAACCAGACGAGGAUUCAGAGUCCGAGUCGGAGUCGGAGGCGGAGAGCGACGUGGAGAUCACGGACGAGCUGCGCGCGUAUUUCGCCGAGACGGAGCGACACCGCGAGGAGAGGAGGCUGGAGCAGGAGCAGGAAGAUGAGCGAGUGGAGGGAAUGGUGUGGGCAGAUGAGCCGCCGGGGGCGAGGCAGGCGAGUAGCCAGGCUCCACAAGAACGGCCGGGCGAGCGUCGGCGCGUCGAGAUGGCGCGUCUGUACGGCGAGGAGGCGUGCGUACGGAUCCUCGCGCUGGAAGCCGCGAUGCAGCUGUCGUUCGACCAGCACUGCGACCGCACGCGGCCAAAGUACUGGCCCAUCAUCCCACUCAAGCUGUGACGGCGACGAACAGGCGCUUGGCCCAUUAACGCCAGUCAAGCAUUGGGCACGCAGCCACAGCUACCAGUGAUAGCGCCGGUCCAUUUCACCCCUUGAGGACUUUUUCACUCAUGUCUUUCAACUUCGCGUCCAUCCAACUCAAGUUAAUGGCCCCACAUCCGGCCGAAAGGCACUGGCCCCAUUACGCACGUGGAGUCAAUGGACAUACAGCUGCAGGACGGAAUGAUAAUCGAUUCCUGGAUGUGAUCGUGACCCUGAAACGUGACCUUUCGUCAGCUCGUGGACGGGCUGAACUCCUGCAUCCCUGUCGUUCACACGAGUGAGUCGACCAGGGUGUUCCAUCGGUGUCGUCGGCUGAAAUGUCAACAUUUUUAGCAGCUCCGUUUCUAAAUGUUAAAUUCCUCUCCACCGUAUGGUGUUUGUGUGUGCACGUAUGUUUGUUAUGUGAGAGUGAGUGUGGUGUAUGUGUGUGUUUGUAUGUGUGAGGAGCGGUCGCGCGCUGUGCUAUGAACCCGGCGACCCGAGUUCGAUUCUCGCUCACGGCCAACACCGGUGACGAUUAUCUGAACCGCUCCUGGGCCUCCCCUAGGUCGACUCAGCCUCAAAUGAGUACCUGGUGCAGUGUGUAAAAACAUCGCCACUGGGGAGACAAAGACGGUCGGGCGUGGUGUUGGCCACCCCACCCCCUCGUGUACCGUGCCGGCCUUCAUAGGUGCUCCUUAACAGCACUUGCCCCUACAGUCUGUUAAGGUUAUACGGGGGAUCUUUGUUUUUUUGGAGAGUGGUAGCACAGUUUAGUGAUCAACAUCGUCACUGGAAAGCCAAAGGCUGCUGGCCAUUGUUUUGCGCCAGCCUUAAUAGGCACUGUUCAUAGUACUUGCCCAAACAGUAUACGUUGGCAAAAAGAGAGGGAUGCUUGUAUUUUUUUGUAUGCGUGUGUGUGUGUGUAAUUUAGAAUGUUUUGAAAGGUGCAGUGGGAAAUUUAGUUCUGAGGGUUCAAUAAUAAACAAAUAAAAACUUGA